CGUUCUUUCUUUCAGAACCUGAUGAUAGCGCGUAUGAGGCACCCGACCCUCUCUCACAAACAGACCGCCCGCAGCCAACCGCCUACCACGUCAAACGGGCCCCCCAACCAGUCUCUCGCCUCGAGCAUAGCUGCACCGCAACCUGCAGAAGCCACACGCCUCGCCCAUGCGUAACGCGCCCUGCGCACCGCGCUCCUCUGGCUGACCUGGCGAUGCGCCGCUCCUAACCAACCAUGUCUCUCGAGAGUCUCCAGUCCCUGUGCGGCGACCUGCUGGCACUAGGGGAAAGCCCGGACAAGGCGGCACAGUCCCUGGUCCAAGAGCUCAAUGCCAACCUCGAGAACUUCAAGAACUUCCUCCAAAAGCCGCCGAGAAAGCAGGCGAGCAGGGACCAGGUCCAGACAGGGAAGAUCAAGAUCCAAGACGAUGAGUACUCGGUCAACCAAGAGUUCCAGGAGUACUGUCUCCAGCUCGCCGACGAGGUCGAUCUCGACGAAAUCGAGGCGGCUAAGCUCCUCCUCGAAUCGCAGGACAGCCAAAUAACGCUUGGCAGGCCACUUCUCGAGUGCGCGCUUAUCCGGUUCCACCAGCAGCGAAAGUACCUCCUGGACUGCAUGAGGAUAUGCAUCCAGCUUGCCGACGACGACCGCCUCGAUGACAGCGUGCAACAGGACAUGGGCGAGAUCGUGGCCCACUACGUCUUCGGCGCCCCGACACCAGGGGCACCCAGUCCACCCGCCGACCAGAAGAUCGUACCGCGAUGCAUGUCAGCCAUGAUGUUGAUCAAACAAUGGCUGCAGAAGCUGUCGGACAAGAUUUUACUGGCUCAGACCAGCGGCUCCAGACCCCCCGAGCUAGAGACCAUCGAGUUCUGCCGCCUCAGCCUUAUACAACAGCAUGAGAACCUGGCCGUGAUACUCUGCACUGCUAUCGAAAAGCGGCACGCCGACGUAUCAAACUUCGAAGCGCUGCUCCAGCUGCUAAAGAAAGCCGACAAGUACGACCAUCUUCUCGUCCACCUGUUCCCUGUUCUGGGAGCGUACAUCCGUGUGUACGGGUCCAUCGAGGGCAUAGGGGACAUGGUGGUCGCCAGGAGUCUGAACGAUAAGGUUGUGAAGCAGUCUGACGACCAGCCCUGGCUCAUGUCGUUCAUGUAUGCCGCCGUUAGGGUAUGGUGGAUUGCAGAGUACAGUGGCUGGUACGUCGAAGGCCCUGUCGACGAUUCGACCAUCGACGUGGACAAGGAGGACAAGGAGCGGUCUAAGCAGUUCAUUGAGGCUCUCAAGGACGGGGGCUUCGACUUCAUGCUGUCGGUUGCGGCCGAUGUUGCCACCCCCGAAUGGCAGGACCCCUCGCGCAUCGGCAUCCGGCAGUGGCUACAGCGCAAGUCUCCGUCACUGGCAACUGAGUCUAUCCCAUUUUCAGACCAUUUCCACGACUGUUUAAUGUCGCAACUCGAGGACUUCGUUGACGCCUUCAUCUCAAACCUACCCGACGUCUUGCGGAAACUUCGUAUCGACGAGGACGAACAGCGCCAGCUCAGCCAGUUUCACGAGCAGGAUCUGGACCUCGAGCGAUUCCUCAUUAUAAUAUCCUACGCAUUCGAGCGGCGGCCGGAUGCUGCUGACGCCUUUUGGUCCGACGCAGAGAGCAACCUCGCCGGCUUCAUGCAGUGGGCGUCGCGGAGGGCAUCGACUCCGCUGGUGUGCGCCUUCUGCGAGAUGCUGCAGGCUAUCACCGACACGGAGCCGCACGCCAAGCUGGCAAACGACUUCCUUCUUGAGGAUAGCCAUCACGCCUCGGGAAAGAUGAGGAGAACACAGUCGUUGACGUGGUCUCAGAUCUUCAAGGAGCUGGAGUUCUUUACCAAAAAGCUUCGCGAGCGGCCUAGCGCCCAGCAGGGUCAGGGGUUCCGGACGGCCAAGCCGGGCGGUGAGCAGGCCGAGUCGGAGCCUGAGGAGGCAAUGCUUCUAGAAUGCUACCUUCGCCUUAUAGCCAAGCUUUCCUCCCAGAGCGAGGAAGCCCGGCUGUUUCUCUUGACCAGGAGUGAUGGCGACCUUGUCAAGCUCAUACUAGAGCUAUCAAGCUGCCCCAUUCCACCAAGACUCCGGGCGUGUGGGUUCUAUGCCUUGGCGGCCCUGCUGUCGCGAAAAACCGAACAUCAGAGCGGAGUCAUGUGGGAAUACAUCGAUGUCUUUGCCAGCGGUGGCUUCCAAGUUACAGGCACGCCCCAGCGCGGCCCUGCUCUGGCAGCGAGCCAGACUGUGUCCGCGCUCAUGGACUCCGUGUUUGAGGAGAUUGGUAAUGGGUUCGAGGAGCCCAACGCCUUCAUCCAUGUUCUCAUCGCGCUUGUUUCUCCAUGCGACGGCUCGAGCCUACUUAGAGACUCGCUACCAUUUCCCGAAGCCCUCGGCUCAAGCGUCAGGAUGCCGGGUAUCGAGCCAUACGUGGACUUCGUCUUGGGCCACGUUUUUGGGGUCAAGUCAAAAGAGCUCCAGGAUGCUUCGCAGCUUCAAGUUCUGCGGCUGACAUGUUUGGAAUUUGCUCUGCGGUGCAUCAACUCCUUCAACGAAGACCUCAUCAUCCUGGGCAACGACACCAGCAUACCUGUGGACACCAUCAUUGCCGCCAAGGAUCUCGCCACCUACGUCUGCCUCCACCCAUUUGCCCGAGUGAUGGAGUGGAUGUUCAACAGCCAGGUGGUGGAUUCCCUCUUCGCCACGAUCCAUCAAGAAUCCAACGACAUCGGCACCGCCUCACCUGACUCGCCUCUCAUCCAAGGCAUCAUCCGUGCAGUAGAGCUGGUGUCCAGAGUCCUCGAUCUGCAGGACACGUAUGUGGACCUCGUUCGCCAAAUCGUCAAGGCCAACUCGGGCCAACGGCAACGGCCAGUGCCCCACGCCGCAUACGCCUCCUUCGAGGAAGGGUUUGUGAGCCACUUGGAGGUUGUGGCAGACCUCGGACGCUUCUGCAGCCUGGGCCACCCCGAGCUGACCAUGGCAUGCCUGAGGCUGCUGGACAAGAUAUCAGCCUCAUCUAAACUCAUCUCAGCCUGGAACCCGGGUCCGGGUCGCCAGUCGUACCGCAACAAGGCGGUCGUGGCGCUGGAGAAGGACGGGGAGGCCGAAUCCAUCGCCGGCUCCCUCAUUGCUGAGAUGGUGCACCCGCUCGACCUCGCCCGGGAGGCAAGUGCGCCCAACUACCAAAUCAAGACCUACAUCCUGGACUUCCUCUACUCCUGUCUGCGCGCGUCGCCCAACCAGCCCACGAUAGCACAUCUACUUCUAGGGUUCAAGUGUGGAGUCGGCCACCUAAUCGUCGAGCCAAGGGGCCAGUUCGAGGAGCGCACAUCUCUGUUCCAUAACCUUCUCAGGGUUCUCCUCGAGACCCCCUUCGGCGAUGAGAACCUCGGAAUGCGUACCUGGCUCGUGUCGCUCAAGUUCAAGAUUAUGAGGAUCUUCCAGAUCCUGUGGAGUGCACCACUGUCUUCCAGCAUUGUCUUGGACGAGCUACGCCGGAACGAUAUCCUCUUCCACCUCGUCAUGCGCGAGGAGUCAAUCCGGCCCGAUCUCGUGUGGGAAGGGCAGGAUAUCAACGACGUCAACUCAUUCAUGUCGGAUGCUGCCGUCGGCUUCGUUGAGUACCUCGCGUGCAGGAACAUGACAUUCGACUAUCUAGCGAUAGAGCUUUGCAGCGUGGCCCAGAACCGUCUGCCGAGCCUCAAACGCCGCAUCUUUGAUGCUCUCAACGGUCAGAUCAAGGGCGGCGACUCGGACACGCCACAGACGGUGCCCACCGUGUUUGACUUGUUCGAUUUCCUACCAUCAGAAGGGCAAUGGAACGUCGCCACUCCCGAGUUUGUCUACUUCAAGGACCUGGACCUCAAGGCCUGUAUGGAGGAAGGCCCCGCGUCUAUGCCCGUCUACAACAUCGACAGGGCUCGGCAGGUCAUUGCACUCAAAAAGAGACAAGAUGCCCAGGGCGGUCAGCUUGCUACCCCUAAUGAGAUAGCUGCUGUCGAUCGGGAACAGACAACAUUGGAAGACUUUCUAGUGUACUCCAAUCGCCAGACGGAGACCGAAUGCGAGAGACGCAAGGUUCUUAGCAGCUGGGUGAAUCUUCUCUUGGUCAUGUUCGAAUCGAGCGAGCUUCAGGGGACAGCCAAGGUUACCUUUUUGCUGCAAGCCCUGCAAGCAGUCCUACCAAGCCUCGAAUCAUUCGGGUCGGACCGACCAACGGAGGCCUUCGAACUUGCAAGGCUGGCCCGCGUCCUGCUAUACAAACUUGACCUGUCGGCCCCAGACCCGCAUGACAAAGACAGUCGUGCGGUGGGCAAUCUGAUCAGCGAAAAGCUCUUCCAGCUUUUUGAGGUCUGCCUCCACUCGAUUGGCAGGCGGGCGGGCAACACGGAGCUCCGCUCCGUAUACUACGCCAUCUGCUACCGCUAUCUCACCGGCAUCAUUGACGACGGCAGGGACUUUGUUCCAGGGCGGAGGAAGACUGCCAAGGCAAUCAGGAUAUACGGCGAGCGGCUGUUGACAGUCGUGUGCGAUGACGUCUUUGGAGGCGACCCAACGUGUCAGACGGCCGCCUUGAUAGUGCUGGGUGCCUUCGUGAGCCUGGGCCGUCGAGAAAACGAUAAUCAGAUCGUGGAGGCCCUCAACCGGCUGAACUUCAUCGGCAUCCUCGUCGACUCUCUCAAAACUAUUCUUGCGGACGUCAACUCGGCACGAGAAGCAGGGAGCUCUGAUCAACAAGAUGCAUACCAGAAUGCCAAACUAGCGCUUCUGCUACAGCUCUGCCAGGGACGCGAGGGGGCAAAGCACGUCCUGCAGGCUAACCUCAUGCGAGCAAUCGAACUCUCCGGCCUCUUCGCUGCAGACCCCGAGCUGCAGAUCGACCCGAGCAACACCAAGGCCCUGGCACAUCACUAUGACCUGUUGAUCAGGGCGAUGCGCGUCAUCGACGCGGCCAUCGUCAGCCGCGGGGCGCACAACGUGCCACAAGGGCGCCGCUUCCUAACGGACCACCGUAUGCUUGUGAUGCACAUCCUAAAGCGCUCGGCCGGCAUCGCCGCCGUCGACCACCGCCUGGAGGAGCUGGUGUCGGAGCUUGCGGAUGCCUUCAUGGUACUCAUCGCGGCUACUGGCUUCCUCGAGUUCGAAGACGGCCAGACCAGCGGGGGAACGCAGCAACGGCGCAAGGGCGCGCCUAUCAUGUUCACCUGAUAGAGUGAAUUUAUCUCACAAAAUGCUGGCGAGAGACGGGGCCUUGUCUGGGUCUCUGAGACGAAGGGCUUGCCUUGCCAUACACAUGUUGUUUAAUUGAUUCCACCCAACGCGUCCUAGAUCACCUAUUGCAGCAGCCCCAUGGCCUAUAUCCCAUAUAAAGCGAUAGUUUUGAUGCCCUUAGAAUAAACGGAUCUGUAAAGAGACCUAUGGUUGCUCG